AUGUCGCGGCACCGGAUGACGCCCAGAGAGGGCGAUCGUCGAUCCCAACAAGAUGUCGACCCUGCGCCGCGAACGCCUGACCCACCACGGAUUCAUCCGUCGUUCAUUCAUGUCGCCAAACCCUACAUCUUCGAGGAAAUCAUCCAAGGCUGUAUCGCUGCCACGGGAGGGAAUCACACCCGCGAAGAGUUACUGCGUCUCCAGGGUAUCUCUUGGAUCGACAGUGUUCGAACUGCUCUCAACCUUCCUGUCCGAACGUACGACACAGCCGCCGUCUACUAUCACAAGUUUCGCCUGGUACACUCAGAUACUGAGUACAAUUAUAUCGAUGCCGCUGCCGCCGCACUCUUCACCGCAUGCAAGAUCGAAGAUACGCUGAAGAAGUCUCGCGAUAUUGUGUGCGCAGCGUACAAUCUCAAGCUUCCUCCUUCAGAACAUCUCACUCCAGAUAAUUCUGUAUUCGAAGCUCAAGCACGCAGUGUUAUCGGCCUCGAACGACUGAUGCUCGAAGCGUCAGGCUUUGAUUUUCGGACUCGCUAUCCCCAGAAGGUUCUGUGCAAGCUGAUCAAACACUACGGCUUCGAUCUGGACGGGGAUCUAGCCUGGUUGGCAUGGCGAAUCUCAGUGGACAUGUACAAGACAUAUGCGCCACUCAAACAAAUCACGGUGGUAAUGGCCUUUGGCUGUCUGGAGCUUGCAUGCCGCUUGUCGGGUGAACGCUCGGAUGCGACCGUGUUUGAAGCAGACUACCCCAAGUGGAAGAUUACUCGAGGCAUGGUUAUGGAAAUCAUCCUGGAUCUUCUGGAACUCUACACGCACAACCGCUCUUCGACCAAGGUCGGACCCGACUUUCCCGCGGAUCACUUCCUUCAGGUCCGCAUCCCACUCAACCAGGAGGUCAAAGAAAAGCGCCUGCCUCGAUUCACCACACCGGGGAACCCAGAUGGACUGCCCGAGCAGAACGACACUCAGCCUCAGGCUCAACCCGACGGUCGGACCAAAGCACAGAAUGGACCUCAGCAUCCACUGACACCCAUGACUGCGACCGGGGAGCGUCGCGGGGCUAACGAACGUGAUCGAGACGCCGCCGUGCGUUUCAUGCUCGAUCCGGCCUGUGCAGAGAGUGAGAAGAGACAGGUGGCCGAGUACUUCAAGGUUGAGACGGAGCAGUAUGAGGCGGAUGACUGA